AUGAAGCUUUCAUUAGCUGUCUUGUCUACUGUUUGUGCAAAAAGAGAUCCAGAUGCUGAACGUCGCCUCGAGAAAAUACGAGGAAAAGCAGCCGAGUACAAAACUUUCGCAGAAAACAAUGACAAUGUGAGCACCAAGCGCCUCAAAGUCAUCAACGAGCGAGUUGAUCGGCUUGUUUCCGACCUCGAAAGAAUCGACGUGUCUGCAUGUCCGAGCCCUGGAGUCGAGGAGGACAAAUUUUCCGAAGGAGACGAGGAAUUUAGCGAGCUCUGUGACGCUUCUGGAAAGUUUCCAUCGAUGGUGCGAUCCUACGCACGUACGUUUGGAUGCCAAGACGGUUUUCCAAAUCGAAACUUUCUGGAGAGACUUGUCAAUCGAUCCCACAAGCUCAAGCGAAAAACAAAAAAAGCUGCUAAAUGCGAUGCUCCAGCCGCAGUAACCACCGCCACCUCGAUCGUCACUGGAACGCCAUUCACCAAUCCACCUAUGCUUGAAAUGUGCGACGAAGGGUUUCACGCUGAAUGCGAUGAGCUCACAAAUUCCGAGAUCUACUUCGAGAAUCAGUGGACUUGCCGAAACUGCUUCCGAGUGCGAGCAACUUAUGGCCAAAACUCAGGCUUCAAAUUCAACCCGGCAAAAGGCGAUUUCGUUAGCGUCCGAUUCACCGAGCCAGUUGUCUGGCAAACUUUCAACCAUCCAGUCAAAAAGGUCACUGAAGUUGGUGAUGAUAACACCUGGAAGAUCGACUUCAAGCACGACGGAAACUUCAUGAGCGGAAUGAUCUUCGAGGGUAAUCUCCAAACGUCGGAUGACAAUCUUCACGUUGACGGAAACUGGAUCAUUGAGUCAGCUCAACAAUGCUCAAGCAGAGAGGUGUUUGGGGACAGAUACUUCACGUUGUGGGCGAGGCCCGAUGGUGGAAUUAAAUUUAAUGCUCCUCUAAAGAACAACGGCGAAUUCCACGAAGUUGAGUACAACCACGAAUGUACCCCUGGUGAGUGGAAUACGUACACUGUCCUUCAGCAAUACGUCGACAGCGUCCUUGAGCUAUCUGUAAGCGUAAACGAAGAAGUCCUUGGUACCCACGUUGUCCCCGUAAGGAAAGCUUUCCAAGGAGAGCUGUUUGUCGAAGUUGCGGGCGAUUACCACCCUGCUGCUGACACUUUCAAAGUUCGAAACUUCUUCCACCAGACGUUCUCUCAACCAACCUCUCCCUGCGGUACACCAGUUGACCCCUGUGAUGGAGAUGAUUCUUGCGACGCGCUCGUCUGGAACUGUCCUAUCCGACCAGAAUGGUCAAAUCUUCUCGGAGAAGUUAAAGGCAAUGCAGUUUACUCUGCUUCCGUCGAUGUUCUCUGUUGA